AUGAACUACAGGGCGCACCUCACCCACCGCUCCCAGGUGCUCAGCUGCCUGCGCAAUCUCGCCGUCGCCAAGGCCAAGCUCAAGGAGCUCUGGUCCCUCUUCUACAACCUCUCCUACAGGCGCCGCCUCUCGCACGACCACGAGGAGCGGCAGAGGUUCUCCGAGAAGAUCAUUGUCCUGCUCCUCAUUGUCGACGCGCUCGAGGUGAGCUCCGUCACGGCCUGUUUACGAUUGCCGAUUGCUGAUUGCCAUUGCUGUGUUGUGGAUUUCAAAUUCAGUUACUGCAUACAGUGGUUAACACUACUAGUCGUCAAACCCGUGCGAUGCACGGGCUAG